UCGCAUUUCGAACACUAUACUUCGCGGAUUACAGAUUGUGCAAAACGUAUUGAUACCGAUGUAUAGACCGCCUAGGCGACUCUCACAAGUAAGGAAAUGCAGGUUUUGUCGCAGAGAUAAGCGGAAGUGCAUUCCUGCGGAUCGAGUAUGGCCAGGCCAGAAAUGUGACGCUUGUGUGCGAUAUGGCUAUGACUGUUCAGACGGCCUUAGCGCUGUGGACGAGGAUAUUCUCAACAGACAAAGCCGAAUAAGCAAUCGCCUCCGACUCAAUCAAAAUAUUGAUACAUUGCCUUCCAUAGUCACUGAGUCUCGACGGCCCGUCCUAUCCUUUGGACCUUCCAGCUCAGAAAAUGUAAGCACUGGUGCAAUUCGCUUGGUAGGAGAAUAUGAACCAAGGGGAAGUAGCACCGAACCGUUGCCUCAUGGUUCCCUCACCAAUUAUCAACCGUCGGGGCCCAGUGGAAAAACAAGUCUAACCACUCAGCUGGAAGGGAGUUUGUUUCGGAUAUGGGCCAAGGAAGAUAUAUAUCGAGAUAUCUGUAGCCCACGCCUAGGGACAACAGCGGCGGAAAUAUUUGUUCACUGCCGACAAAUUGCAGAAUCGGACGAUAUGGUCUUCUCCUCUUUGUUCGCCUUCUGCGCGGCUAACUUGUCCGUCUAUGCUAAACCGAAGAUCUCCUUGGAGCUCGAAGUAGCCUCGCGAAAGUACCUUGGACGGACGCUGAACUUAUUGAAGACGCAGAUGAACCUUCGACAUGGAAGAAUACUUUCUCUACAAUAUUCACUUUUUCUGUUAGCAUGCUAUGGGACUAGUAUUAACGACCCGGAUAUGAUAAACUUUGCGGCCAUAUUACUCAAUAUGACUCGAGAAAGGAGCGCAUCCUUCCCUUUUGCAUUACAGUUACUUAUGCCGCCUCCGCGAGGGUGGCGUCUGCGUAUUUAUCUUCCGGAUGAUCUAUUCGACCCUGGCGUGAUGAUUGGGCACGAUACCACAGUUUUCAAGUCAGCCAUGAUUGGUGCUCUUGAUAUAUGAAUUGGUAUAUCUAACACAGUUUAUGACCUGCUGUCAAGCUACCGGGAACUUCUGAGAUUCAAUUCAAGGAGAGAGGCUGGAGAAAGUGAAACUCUUCAGAUAAUAUACUAUUCUUAACUCCGUUUGAUAAAUUCCGUACCCCCAGUCUCACACUUGUCAUGUUGAUAGGCUAUUUAAUUUUCGUCCUGGUAGACCGUUAGAUAGACGAUUAUGACACCAGAAAAGCGAGUUGUCCUGAGGCAAUAGCUCUAUCGAUUGCAAUAGCCAACCUUCUCUUAA